AUGGCUUCUCUUUGUUAUAGAGCUGUAUCCAAACCAAAUUUCUUGAAAACUACAAUUUUUCACCAAAUUUCCAAACCGCUUCUUAACCGUUUCUGUUCAUCUGCCCUAAAUGAUCAAAACCCAGAUCCAAAAUCAAAUCUUUCACAGACCCAGAUGAUCAAUAAUGAAAACCCAGAUGAGGAUAAUCCCGAUACCGAAACAGAAAAAAAUGCCAUAAAGAUCAGGACUUUAAUGUUUCAUAGGGUUGAUGAUGCUAAAAAGAUGCUUUUUGAUACAUCUAAAAAGGGUUUUAAGUAUGAUGAAUCUUUAUUUGUUAAUUUAAUGCAUAGUUAUGAAACACGCCAAAAUAAAAGAUGGGAUUUUGUUAAGAAUUUGGUUAGUAUUUUCUCUAAAUUGGAGGAAUUAGGCGUACCCAUUUCGAUUAAAUCGUAUAAUUAUUUGUUGGAGAUGUUGUUAGGGAAAAAGAAAUAUGCUUUGGCUGACAAGUAUUUUAACAAAAUGUUAUCUGAAGGUGUGGUUGUUCCAAAUAAACAUACUUACAUUCUUAUGCUUAAGGCUUAUUGUGGUACUAAAAGACGCGACAUUGUGUAUUCGCUUUUUAAAGACAUGAAAGAUCGAAACUUUGGUUUGAAUUUGUAUGAUUUUAAUACAAUCAUUGAUGGGUUUGUUGAAGUGAAGGACAUGGAGGAAGCAAAGAACUUUUUGAUGGCGAUGAAGGAAGAAAAAAUCGAGCCAAGUUUGUUUACUUAUAAAUCGAUGAUCAGUGGGUAUGUGCAGGUUAGGAAAAUGGAGGAAGCAGAGAAGUUUAUGAUGGAGAUGAAGGCACGGAAUAUCGAGCCAGGGUUGUUUACUUACAAUGAGAUGAUUAAUGGUUACACAAUGGUUGGGAAAAUGGAGGAUGCACAUAAGGUUUUUGAGGAGAUGAAGGAAGGAAGUAUCGAGCCGGAUAUGAUUACUUAUGUGACUAUGAUUAAAGGUUAUGUUUUAGUUGGUAAGUUAGAUUACGGGUUGGAGUUGUUUGAAGAGAUGAAAGGCAAAAAAUUCGGGGAUGAAGUUUAUUAUAAAUAUUGUUUGGAUCGAUUGAAAGAGGAUUGUGAUGUCGAGAACAUGUCUGAAAGUCAGAGAAAUGUACUGCAAGAGGUGGAGGAUUAUGUGGAGAGGAUGGAUUUGUUGGAUAUGCGUGAUGCUGCUCGUCAUAUGAGUAAGAACGCUAACGAGCUAGCUAAACUGAAAAUGGAGGGUCAAUUGAAGAGGGGAGCCUAA